GACGCCGCCCGAGCCCGGGAGGCUGAAGGCCGGGUCUGCCGGCGCUUGGCCUCGGCCUCUGCCUCCGCCCUGCGAAACCAGUGUCUCCGGUGUGGGUGGGAGACCAACAAGACUCCGCCCCAGUUCCCGCGGUCGAUUCUGCCGCCGCGGCGACCGCGGGGUUCAGGCCUGGAUGACAGGAGUGCAGUGCGGUGUCAUGCAAUGAUACACGCCUCUGUCACAAUGCCCCCCGCCUCCAAUCCUUGGUCGUCAGCAAAACCUGGCGAGUUUGAGCUGCAGAGGCCCGACCGCGGGUCAGAAGACCCUCCACCACCACUACCCCCAGUGACUCUAAUUGCCCCCCUCCCCCGGCCAGUGUCUUAACCGCACCAAGUUUACGCCCGCCCAUAAGCAGAUUGGUGUGGGGUGAUAGCGAAGAUGCGCUCUUCCGCCUCUGAUGCAGAAUUUGAUGCUGUGGUUGGAUAUUUAGAAGACAUUAUCAUGGAUGAUGAGUUCCAGUUAUUACAGAGGAAUUUCAUGGACAAGUACUACCAGGAGUUUGAAGACACAGAAGAGAAUAAGCUCACCUACACAUCUAUUUUUAAUGAAUAUAUUUCUCUGGUAGAAAAGUAUAUAGAAGAACAGCUGUUGGAGCGGAUUCCUGGAUUUAACAUGGCGGCUUUCACUACAACUUUACAGCACCAUAAAGAUGAAGUGGCCGGUGACAUUUUCGACAUGCUGCUCACGUUUACGGAUUUUCUGGCUUUUAAAGAAAUGUUUCUGGACUAUAGAGCAGAAAAAGAAGGCCGGGGACUGGACUUAAGCAGCGGUUUAGUGGUGACUUCAUUGUGCAAAUCAUCUUCUAUGACAGCUUCCCAGAACAAUCUGCGGCCCUAGGUCCCACCUCCAGGUAAUGGGAUCUUUCUAGACAUCACCAGCCCAAUAGACUGGGAGAGGCUUUGGCUAAUGAUGUCAGAAGAAUACAUCUUGGAAUGACUGA